AUGUACGACGACUUUUAUGGCUGCUCCGACGGCUUAAUUAGCUUUAACUGCUUUCCCAGGACCGAAGAACACAUAAGCUUGAAGGUGAGUCCGUAAUGUCUAGUUAGAUUCUAGCGUCAGCACUAGGCCUUGUUCAAUGCCGUGAUAUAGACAGAUAGGCAAGUUUGCGUGAGAGGUACAGUGAUUGACCGAUCUCAGGAAAUGUCGGCUGAAGUUCUCAAAUGCGUUUUCGAUUAGGAAGCAUUACAUAGGUGGGGUUGGAAUACUGAUUACCAUGCGGCACAAUCAUGUUGCAUUUCGGACUCGGCAGAAUUCAACUUUUCAAUGCAAUUUUUUUCAAUUUCCUUUAGAAACCUACGUGGUAAAAAAUGACUACUUGAGUAGCGUGAAUUGUCUCACUGAUUUUCGAUGGUCUAAUUAAGUCAAAUGUAUUUCAUAAAAAAACAUGGACAAAAAUGCUAUCUUUCACCCACUUGAUACAGAAUCAAGUCAUCUUUAUAUUGUAUACUUGAAGAAACGGGAUAGUUAGAGUUAAAAAGUUUUCUGCUUGUCAAAUAAUUUGGAACCUGAUCAUUCGCUGCACUGGCGCCUAGUGAUUUCAGUCUACAAGGUGCAUGCCUUCCGCGUAAAGAAAAUCACAUAUUACUCUACGCCUUUAGAAAGAUAUCAUACAGAUUCCAUAAAGUUUUGCAAUGGAUGCGGACUGUGUUGUAAAUUUCAUGAGGAGCAGUAGCAAACGUACGAGUACGAUGCCGUAUGAGUGGACAUUGCACUGUCUUAAAAAAUGUCAUAAUUAAAAACUUAUUUAAAACCUAUUUAUGAUCCUUCUUCGAGUAUAAAGUAUGAAGAUGACGUGAUCCGCUAUCAGAAGACUGAAGGAAAACGUAUUUUCGUCCGUGAUUUCUCCAAACUAUAUUUGAAUUUGCAUGACCAUCGAAAAUCAGUGAGAAAAAUGCAUACUACUUAAGUAGUCAUUUUUUACAACGUAGGUUUCUACAGGAGACUAAAAUGCAGUGCAUUCAAAAGCUGAAUCCUGCCGAGUCCGAAAUUUUAUAUGAUUAUGCUGCAUGAUAAUCAAUGUUACAGACCCACCUAAGUAGUCCUUCCUAACCGAAAACGUAUUUCACACUUUCAGCCAACAUUUCGUGAGAUCGUUCAAACACUGUAGGUGCGCUGGAUCAAAAGGAAGACCAGACUGGUGCUAGUCCUAAAUUAAAACAAUUCGUUUAUUUAUUACUAGCUGUACCCGACCACACGUUGCUGUGGCUCAGUCUGAUGAAAUGGGAAGGACAGAAAAGAAGGUGCACGUAUCUAACAUGUUUAAUUUCAUAAUGCUUGUGGAUAUUCAGUGUUUUAUGUCACUGCGUUGUCUGUGCAGACAUAAAAAUUGACUGGCUUGCCAACUCUGGAGCACGCAACAUACAAUUGACCGUGUGAGAAACAGUCCAUUUUUAGAUCCAAACCACCCAAUUCUAAAGAUCGGCCCUGAGCUUUGUGGAUCGUGAUUGCCAACGCCAAUCGAACUGGGAAUUGCGGUCGCCUAAAUUGAAAUGGCAUAUCAGUCAAAGUCUGUGGAAUGCGACGAAUUAGGACAUGUUCACCUUUGCAGGGUCCUGUAAAAAUAUUGGCUGCCAUGACAUUGCUCAUUAUUUUUCUUAUUGCAAGUCGCGUGGCUUUGCAAUACCUCAGCUGGUUGAUAUUUCGCAGCAUGAUAAUCGGCACGUCGACUUUCGAUUGCAGUACGUGCGGUGGCAUCCCUGGCAGAUCAAGUGAAUUAAAAAAUUCUGUUGAAUAAGUAAUUGCCUCGUCCGCUUCCACAAGAGUGUCGACGAACGUCUCUGUGAUUGCCGUGCUUUGAAUGUGUCCGAGCGGAUGGCGGUCAAGUUGCGACAGAGACCGCUGGCCGUGGCGAGGGCGGGGGAGAGGGGGUGGUGUUAACUGCAUCCAGUCACGACCGAGAAUCCCAUAGGAAGAGGCGACAGCCCCAGUAUGUGGGCUGUGGGACAAGCUCAAGUAACGUCCAAGAGUUGCAAGUUUUUUGUCUCAGGAGUGGUUUGCCUAGCAGGCCAAAUUCCAUCGGCCCAGGGGGUGGGGGGGGGAGGGGACAUGUUUAAGUGUCUGCUUCCGAAGAUUACUGACGGUGAGAUGACAAGAAAGGAUCCCACACAAAGAAAUCUUGAAAAGGGCCGGCGUCUUCAGUAGCUAUGCCAUGAUGAGGCAGAUAAAACUGCAGUGGAGCGGCCAUAUUGUGAGGAUAGAAGACGAGCGUCUGCAGCUACGUCCAUACGGUUGCUCACAGACAUGGGGGAUGAAUGUAUUGCGAAACAUACGCACUACAGAUAUCACUCAAGGGCCCAAAAAUUAACCCGGAAACCUAGAAGAUUCUCGCCUAAGAACAGCGGGCGUGACGUCUCGUCUCACCAAGCUCUACCCUCACCGCCCCCAUCACCAGCAAUGCGGACUCGCUUCGAACUGGAUCUAACUGAAAUCGCAGCUUCACGUCACGCAAAGACCUGGUUGCUCAACUAAGAAUUCAUAACACUGAGACCAGUGAAUCAGUGUUCGGGCCCCCGAUAUACAUUCACCUCAUCGCACACAGCUGCCCGCAUUGCUAACACACAACGUGGGCCUACUCGGCCACAUCCACCGUUAUGCAAAUUGGAGGCAAACAGCCGCGGAACAAAUCCCAACAUCAGGCAUCUUCUCACUAGCCCAUUUGACACGCACGGACCCAUCCCACAUCACCUGCUACAAGCCCAGAUUAAGCGCCUCUGAAAUAGAUGGAAAGCAUGGUCUUCGGCCCCUUCUCGUUGUGGCCCCUGUGGCUGCCUAAUUUAUAUGAGAUCUAAGCAGCCUAUCCCUUUUUGUGAAAACCUGGUGCAUCCUGUUUGGUCAGGUCGUGUGUAGCUCUCAUAGACAGUCCGUAUCCCUCAUUGCACCGGAUCCUGGCAACAGUUGGUUGACCGGUUUGGACAAUCGACUGGUGGACAGGAGAGAGAAGAGAGAGAGAGAGAGUAAGACCGACUCUGACGGCCCGAUGACAUUCCAGUGUUCUAGAAGGUUGUCAACCGACGGUACAAAUCAGACCUUGCCGUAAGACGUCUGUGUGUGUGUGUGUGUGUGUGUUUGUAUGCAGUGGUUGACUGGCCGGCUGUGAGUUGGCACCAGUGACACCGUCUUAAUGGUAGCUGAGUAGCCAACCUCCCUCGUGCGAAAACGUGGUGUGCUAUGCGGGAGCCACAUCGUGCGGGGGACGCGUUGACGAACUGUCGGUCUCUGCACCCAAUCGCCGCAUCAUAUAUUUGAGCGGCUCUGACUGAUGCCUGGAAGGGAAAAGUGAGAGUGGGGCCGAUCAUGGGGACUGCGUCCUCACGGUAUUUCGCGCAUAUUGUACACUAUUCCAAACUUUCGCGGUGCGCUAAAAGCCGGGAAUUGGAAGGCUACUAACUGAUGGGAUAACUUUGUCUUCCUCUUAGGACGGGAAUCCAGGCUGCAUUGGCUACUUCUGAAUGUGGUCUCCAUGACACUCUCACUUAGGUGGGAUCCGAGCCGUCCACCCCUUUAUCGUUUUAGUGAAAAUCUGGCCUACCUGGCAUGCGUGUCACUCAUAGACGGGAUAUUUGUCUCUGUCAGCAACUGCGCCCCAUCCAGCCUCCGGCUUCCUGACUCUAGCCAGACACCGGACUCAGCUGGAUGAGGCAGGGGAGGGUGUAGCAGGUGCUGUGCAAGUCUGCUAUCAUUAUUAACAGGUUUACGCGCAAGUUAAGCCCCUGUGCCCACCCCUUCUAUAGAGCCCACGGUGGACAUCAUCAGUAAAGACGGCCAAACUACCUCUCCCCUUCUGACUACAUCUGAUAUAAGAAACGCUUUCCGUCCGCUUCAUCCCUCCACGCACUUUCUUUCAACUUUUACUGUUUAAGCUUGCUUUGCAACAAAGUAUCGCCAGUGUCGUUGGUGGCUCCCAGAAGGUUCUUAUAAAGUACCAGGAUGUGUAUGAGAGAGAACCCAACCUGACGGGAACUGAACUGGAAAUGAAUCUUCGGCCGGACACAGCUUGGUAUCCCCUCGAGCCUGCAGCCACGUCUUUCAACUUCAUCACUCCCUUGCCUGGUUAUCAGGACGUCGUGUUUCGUUUGAAAGGACAGUCCGGUAAUGAGGUAGGUUCUCUCACUAACGUGUAUUCACAUCUACAGUAAGUGGGCUAACUCAUGAAAUGUCAACCGAAAUUCCCAAAUGCGUUUUCUUUUCAAAAGAUUGACUAAGAAGGGUUGUAAAACAAGUCAUUGUGCAGCAUAAUUCAACAAAUACUGCACUUCAACAGCAAUCACCCCCUCUCUCACAAACGCAGCUGUGUCCGUACUCUGUUCCAAAGAGUUGAAACACACUGCAGCACACCAGCCGACAAGAGAGUUGAACGACAAUAUCUUCAUGAUCUCUUUCAAACCAAUGGAUACCCAAGCCACUUCAUCAAGCAAAGCAAGCGCCGAGUGAACAGACGACGGCCACAAGAAGAACAACCCGAAGUCUGGAGGGCUAUUCCUUACAUUAAAGGAGUCUCCGAAGCGGUUUCAAGACUGCUACAACCCGCCAGGGUAGGUAUUGCCCAUCGACCCCAGGCAACAAUUCGUCGCCGUUUGAUGCAACCCAAAGACAUACUGCCACCCACUGAAAACGCAGCAGUUGUCUAUCAAAUACGUUGUAAGGAUGGAGACUGCAACUACGUUGGGGAAACCGGACGGAAAUUGCAGACCCGCCUACAUGAGCACAAACUGGCAACACGGAGACUAGACCCAAACUCACAGCUUGCGGCUCACAUCGGGGAAACUGGUCACAGUUUUGAUUUUCAAGGAGCAGCCGUCAUAGGCAGGGGCACCUCAAGGACUGAGCGUCUCACUCUUGAGGCUUGGUACUCAGAUGCCAACUCCAUCGACAGGCAUCUAGACCUUCCUUCGGCCUAUAAAGUCCUACGUCACUUCAUACACCGUGACGAAGACAAGACAAUCACACGGAGCCUAAGAAUGCCGAGCAAACACGGCCUGUCGACCACUUCACCCAAAAGGGGAAAGCAAACGCAACCAACCCCAAUUGAGGUGACGACACGUAUUACAGGAGGCCACCAACAUUCACAGGCGACGGCCAGUAGGCCGAGGCAGAGAAGGAAGAAAAAAAAUCGAUCAGCCCAGGGCCAACUAAUACGGCAGUCUAUUCAAAAAUGCUGAUUGAUUUUUUCACUUGACGCUUUGAUAAUGGAGAGCAGCCCCAGCUCUUCGAAACGUCAGCCAGAAAAGUCCCCCGUUCCGGUGAGCAAUUAAUUCUCCUCAAAUAAUAAUUCAGUUACCUCCAGAUGUUGGAUUUCGAACGAACUUAUAUACAGCUGCCUUCAAAAAUUAUAUUCUGUAAAAAAUACCGUGAAAUGGUCAUUCAUAAAACGUCAUGUGUCUGCGUUUACCAAUGUGGCUUGUAAAGUUAACAGAGGGGCUCAAAUUCACUGGUAAAUCUUAUGAACCCCAUAUGGUCUUCUCAUAAUAUCAAAAAGAAAUGUACGAUUUUCCGUACGCGGGAAAUAUGCGGCUAGUAGUUUGGAAACCCUGAAUGCAAGUGCAACGGCAGGCCGGAUUCACAGGCCGGUGAACACUCUUCCCAACACCCGGGUCAACGCGUCAGAUGGUCGAGCAAUCAUCACGCCAACAACCAACGCACGUGAUGAAAUUGCAGCAAUUAUCGAGUCGAAUGUCGGCCAUCAAGCAAUGAUCACACCAAGUGUGACAAUCCCGGAUGAAGGGGGAAGCCGUGAACGUUCAUAGGUAUGCGGUAGCAUGGCUGCUGCAUCCUAUAAAUACCGCAGCCCCUUGUGCAACAACCACCCGUUUCUGCUCUUUUGUCUCUGAUGAUGGAUUCGAGUAGGAUUCCGAAACGUCAGGCUAAUAAAGCUCGUGUCCCGGCGAUCGUGUCUUCUUCUUCAAGACUACUUCCUGGGACUCGGCUCUUCGCUUCUAUUGGAUUCAAAAUUAUGCAAACAUUAGAAACGUUUUGAAAACCGAAUUAAUUUCCCCCCCCCUUCGAGUAUAAAACUGGAAGAACAUGUAAUUUUUUACCGAAAUGGCAAAGGAAUUAAUAAUUUAAUGCAAGUUUUCCAUGAAAUAUAUUUAAAUAUUUAGAAGCAUCGAAAAUCAACGAGAAAAUGCGUGCUGUUUAAGUGAUCAUUUUUUAGAGAGUACGGCUUUUGCAUGCAGCCGAAAAGAAGUUCGUUCGAAAGCUGAAAUCCUUCAGUAACCGAAUUAUUACAGAAUUAUGCUGCACAAGGAUUUGUUCUACAACCCUACUUAAUUAAUAUUUUCGAGAAGAAAGCGCAUUUCGGGAUUUCGGUUGACAUUUCGUGAGUUAGCCCACCAACUGUAAUUUGUGUACUUUCUAAAGCUGAGUUGGCUGUAUGGAAGUGCCUCGCACAAAACACAGAUGCACGUUAAUAUACGCGAGCAGCGCAACUAGUCGGUUUACGGGGCAAAAUAUACUACUGAUUUCACCGUAACUUUCUUUAAGCACUUUUGAAGGGAGGAUUGCCUGUAGACGUUAUUAUUAGGCUUUAAACUACGAAAUCUCACGGAUUUACAAAUCUGGCUUUUAAAAGUCGAUGGAACAUCUGGUCAUCUAACACUAACCUGUUUGUUUUUAACCUACUUCAAACGGCUUAUGUCGGAAAAAAAGAUCAUUUUUUGAAUGUAGGUAUUAAUUUUCAAAGCCUAUGAGGUUAAAUUAUUCUCCACUGAAAUAAAACCAAGCACAGAUGCGCAAAUUUUGCCUAUGAGGGCUAUUAACACAGGAAAUUGCUCAAAUAUAGGGUAGCAAUUAUUUCUGCCUAAAUUUAUAAACAUUUUGCCUGACAAAUUUACCUCGAAACAUACUCUACACGAAAAAAGGACAUUUCCACGGAAGGAACUGGAAGAAUGAGCAAAAUGCACAACAUUUUAGGUGCCUUAAAAGGCACCUUGUCGGUUUCAGUCAACAUGUUUCAUGAGUUAGAUCACAUACUGUCAGUUUAACUCAAAGCUCACUACAAUACUCAGAUCUUCAGCAUAGUUCAUGACGUCUGAUUUGAAAGUUUUACAAAUCUCCCAGGCAUACUUUUCAAAAACAUGCCUUGUUGAAAGGUUGUUUUUCUUGGAAUCGAAAAACCCAAUGCAAUUAAUCUGACACGGACUGAAGGCCUACGCAGGAGUUAUGAGUGUUUCAGUUAAAUAGCCUUUUUGAGAGGUUUUAAAUGUCUUUUUUUUCAGAUUGCAAAAUCAACAGUCCGUGUCUCGAUCCACAGGUCGGUCUCGGCCAAAACCGUGUCCUUUGUUUGUCCGCCGGCUGUCUGGGUGGACACAUAUUUUAACUGCAAUCUGUCCGUGGCGAUCCCUAAUGAGGCCCGCGGAAGGGUAACCUGGGAUAAACAAUUCGACCAGGAGUUUGCCAUUCCAGGCAAGUUUGAAAAUGUCCCACUUGUACUUCAAUGA